UUACGAUCCAAACCAAUCACUAAGCGCCAACUGUCCAACCACAUACCUGGCUGAUAUUCACCAACCCACGGUCCACCCGGCUUACGUUAGUAGAACCCCCACGGUCAGAAAAUAAACUCUCCCGCGUCGCCGAUCUAUCCGUUAACCCUAGUCUCUCUCUCCCCUGCAACCCCUCCGUGAAGAAGACAAGAGAAUACACCGAUCAAAUUCUUGAAAAAAUUCGAAAAAAAAAGGUCAAAAACCCAUCAAUGGGAAAGCUUAUAUGCGAUUCGACGACGUCGUCACCGGUGAUUCCAUGGAUAGACCCGUCCUCAGCUCCGUCUCUCGAAACCAUAGACACCACCGUCGGUCUUGCAGAUCAGGCGUCCACCGCCACCUGGGAAAACGUGUCCGGCUUAGAAGACCAACAAAGAAGACAUUUAACGAGACUCCAUGCUAAGGGUGUCCUAUGGAAGCACCCAGAGGACCAAAACACGGCGGUGGUGUUUAAGCUGAGCCACGGCGGAGAUGUAGAGGCCGACGGUAACUGCCUCUUCACGGCUUCUAAGAAUGCCAUGGGGUCCACAACCGAUGCCAAAGAUCUAAGGCGUAGAACGGUACGAAGGUUUGUGGAAGAUCUUAGAUCUGUGAGUGGGGUGGAGAGACAAGAGAUUGAGAAGGCGAUAAAACACAUGUACUCGCCUGAUCUCAAGUCUGGGUGGGGGAUCCAUGUGGUUCAGGAGGUCAAGUUGUUGGCUAAAAAGGAAGAUCGGGAGGGCUUAGAUUCGGCUAUAGACGAGCUUGCUCAUCUUGGGAUGCAGAGAGAAUUGGCUGCGGAGUCUAUUUAUAAAGAAAGAUGUAUUGCUGUGGAUGACGGUCCUAGUUGGGCCAAGUACAUGUCCAUCGCUGGCUCUCCUGAUGAUGAAUAUGAUAUCAUCUCUUUGCAAUAUACUGAGGAGGGUUUAUUAACUGUAGAUGAGAAUAGAGAAGGCCAUGCUGCUGCUUUUGGCGAUGACAUAGCUAUAGAGUGUCUUGCAACUGAGUUCAAAAGAGAGAUAUUUGUGGUGCAAGCACAUGGGUCAGAUGCAAUGGUUGAUGAAGAAAAUUGUGUUUUCUUCCUUCCACAUCGUCCUAGGAAUGAGAUAUGUGGACCUCCCUUCUUUCUUUUCAUGAAAGGAACUGGUUGGUGCGGUGCCGGUGCUGAUCAUUAUGAGCCCCUUGUAGCUCAUCCUUCAUUGUUUGUUUCGCAAGAGAAGGUUGCUGUUGUACUCUGAAGUCAUUAGUUCUGCAAUUUUGUGUCCUAGAGGUUGAUUAGCAGUAAUUAUUCAAAUUUUUCCCAUUGUUUGGCAUGCAAGACUGUUCUCCUAAAUCUUUUCUAGAACAGAAGGAUUGCAUGUCUUUCGUUCAAUUUUUUGUCGACAAUAUUUAGAGAUGGUGGUUUCCAGCCCUAACUUGCAGGUUCCUAAUUCCUGCACUUGAGCAACCCUGCGGUGUGGUAAUUGUAGUGAUUUUUCCGGCUUCUGUUGUCUGUCUUGAGUUGUAGGUGUGUUGUGUGUUGUGUGUUGUACCAUUCUAUUUAAGCUGGAAUACAA